UUGAGCGUCACAGGAACGCGCUUGGCAGUGUAGAUGUGUCGCAGAUUUGUAAACUCCGCGAAACAGAAAGAGAAUGAAUAAGAAAAAACAAAGCAUCUGAAACCGAAAUAAAAAUUGUAGCGCGGAAGGGAGGAGUUAAAUUAAGGAAAGCAACUAUCGAUACAGACUGUAGGAUUAUACUGUUAUUUUGUGAAGAACGGGGAGUAUCGAAGAGGGCAGUAAACAGAAUCACCAUCAACGUUGCUUGUGAGCGUGCUGAACACGCAGCGCAGUACAGAUGGAGCUGUCAUCAAUAGGUGAACAAGUAUUUGCCGUAGAAGCGAUUACGAAGAAGAGGAUUAGGAAGGGGACUGUGGAAUACUUGCUGAAGUGGCAGGGGUGGCCACCGAAGUACAGCACAUGGGAGCCAGAAGACAACAUUCUAGAUCCUCUCCUGCUCCUGGCCUAUAAGGAGAAGAAGGAGAAGGACAGAGCCCUGGCGUACAGGAGAAAAGGGCUCCGGGCCAGGAGACUCCUCUUGCAGAACAUCUACACCAUGGACCUACGCAGCGCGCACAAGAUGCCGGAGAAGCCCAUGGCCCGUCAGCGUCUGUCCCUCGCCCGCUCUCUGAGCGCCGAGCCGGAGGACGAGGUGGCAGGAGGCCCCGGGUACCGCCAGCAGGUCCCGUGCAAACGCAAGCUGAGGGCGUCCCAUUGCGGGAGCCUCAGCACUCCGCCCCGGUCCCCCACCCCGCCCCAGUCCCCCACUCCGCCCCGGUCCCUCACUCCGCCCCAGUCCCCCACUCCGCCCCGGUCCCUCACUCCGCCCCGGUCCCUCACUCCGUCCCGGUCCCCUACUCCGCCUCGGUCCCCCACUCCGCCUCGGUCCCCCACUCCGCCUCGGUCCCCCACUCCACCCCGGUCCCCCACUCCGCCGCGGUCCCCCACCCCAGCCCGGGAAGAAGAGGGAGAGAAGGAGGAAGGACGAGAGGAAGAGGAUGAGAAUAAGGGGGAGAAGGAGGGCACACCGGAGGCAGAGCCCAUGACAGAGGCGCAUGAAGACAUUCUACCUGAGCUAGAGAAGGAGGAGGAACGUACCCUUGCAGCUGGGCCGGAGGAAGUCACGGUCGCUGGCAGUUCGGAAGGCUGCGCUCCCACAGCGGGACAGGAAGUGGGGACUGUGAGUGACAUGCGAGAGGGCUCCUCCCCGCUGCUCAGCCCGGGCAAAGUGAUUGUCACUGAGGUCACCAUCAACUCGCUCACAGUGACUUUCAAAGAGGCCCUGGCAGCAAAAGGCUUCUUUAAGGCCUGGGGUUUCGAGUCCUGAAGAAAAGGGGGAAGGGGGAGACGGUGGGUGAAAGAGGGAGAGGGAAACGGUAAGACAGUGGCUAUGUUUCCAAACAUACAAGCUGUAAGUGACAGGCGCUCCUCACCGUCAGGUGACCUCCGCUGGAUUUUAAUGUCUUCUACACUGUCCCCUGCUGGCUCAAAGUAAUGAUUCCUCUAUAGGUAAGGAUUCAUCAGUUACCUCACAGACCAACCCACCAGACCUGCCUCCAAAUUGCAUACAUUAUGCGGUUCAGGUGUAGAAUUCCUGGUGUCAGAAAUGAAUUAUUGCAGCCAUGCUGUGUUUUUGAAGACAUGUAAUGUGAACACAAACUUGUGCUGAGCACACGGACUCUCCUGCAUCUGUCUGGAAUUGGAGGUUAGGUUGACACGCACAGCUACUUGCGGCAUUUGUUUCCGUUGGCGUUAUUUUUCCACAACUAUUGAGUCAACUCUAGUACCUCGAAUGGAAACAUAGCCACUAUGUCUUCCCUUCCAGUACCUCCUCUCCCUCUCUCCCAACAAGGACGGCGUUAUUUCUCUCUCUCUUCCUCCCUCUGUUCUGUGUUCCUGAGUAAUCCCUCUCUUAUCUCUCCCUCUCUCUCUUUUUCUUCUCCUUUGUGCUACUUUCUCCUACUGAAAUAUCCAUGUCACAGUCAUAUACAUGAUACAUGUCACUGGAUGCAUGUACGUGCACCUGCACUGAAACACACUAUGUCAAAGCUUGAGGCUGGCAAGCUUGCAGAUAGGGCUACACUGCAUUAUUUUAUUAUGUCACGUAUGAGACUAGCAUCAGCGUUUUCCUCUGUUACAGGAAGAGUUCAUUCAGCAUUUGAGCAGGUGGCCCACUCAGCAGAUGUCUGUCAUCUCUGGCGGGUAAUUGGAGGCUGUUGGCCCCUCCCUCUUUCUAUGAGCAUCUGCAUUCUGGAGAGGUGAACCUCCUUAAGGCUGUAAUUUGCUUUGAUUUGUGAUUCAACAGUAAUGAGAAAAUAGUUUUUUUUUUCUUAAUUCUCUCAUGUAUAUAAUCUCUUAUUUUAAUUUAAAAGAAGCAUUUUGCGGAGAAUGAGAAGUGGCAUUUAACAAAAGCGUGGGACAAUUAUCGGGCAGGAAUACUGUCUGAUCAGUUAAAAGGGUGACAGGAGGCCUUAAUGUUGCACGAUAAACAUUCCAAAAUGCUCCUUUAAUUUGGCUGCGAUGAUGGAUAUUGCAAAAGAAAUGGUAUCCACUUGCUGAAAUAAUCAGAAUCUGCCAUAUAAAAAUGAAGAAUUUGCUGCUGUUGGUGCGGAGACUAUCACGAUGAAGUGCUCACAAAUAAGUUGAACUUUGAUGAUUACAUCAUGUGUUGAUUUAUGGUUUCUGGGUCUUCACAUGAUCACAUGACAUCACAGGUGGCACAGGUGCAUCACCAUUAUUUUUCUUUUUUAUCACCUAUAGCUCCACAAUCCAGAUCGGAGACACUAACACGUGCUGUGAAUAUCAGCAUAAUUUUUUCAGGUAAAUUCUGCCCAAAUAAGAGGAAUAUCAAUCAGAAGAGGAAAACCCAUUGGAAGGCAGGUGGAAGCCCUGGAGUGCAGCAUUUCAGAGGCAAAAAGAGAAGGAAAGAAAACCAGAAUUUAAUUAGUUUUUCUCUGCCAUUUAUUUUUCCAAGUAGAAUUUAAAAAUGUGGCUCUAUUUUUGUAUUAUCAACUGAAUGUGAUUAUUUUGCAGGAAACCUACGUGUUUGUUAAGGAGAGGUGUUCCUUCAUGUAAUGACAGUACUGCUGAUACUGCAAUGAUAAGUAGGACUCGUGCAUGUUUGCGCCAGUGUACUCUCUGUUGCUUGUGUCGCACUGAUUCGCUGUUGAGUAAGAUAGAACAUUGUGCCAUGUAAUGUCCAGUAUGUUAAAAAAAUGACGUAAUGACUAUUGUGCAGUUAAAGAGUAUCAGAAAGUCUGUGGCAAGUCCUCUUUAUAAGACAUUCUUAUCUGAUUGUACUAAAAAUAAAU